AAAGAUAAAAUUGAGUAAAAGAAUAGUAUGCAAAAAAAUCUGUGAUAGAUGUAAACAUAUACGGAUUUUAAACUUACCUAUACAAUAAAUUAUUGAAAUAAUUAAAUGGAUGACGCACGUGGUGUAGAAUGUUUAUGGGGAGAUCUCAAAAGUCAUCCACAAUGUCCUCACGGCCCAACAUUACUAUUUGGUACAUAUGUUGAUGGUGAAUUAAAAAAAUUUUAUGCAUGCUCUGCUUGUCGUGAUAGAAAAUUAUGCAGAUUCUAUUUAGAGUAUGAGCAAGAAUUGUCCAAAUCUUGCAAAAAUAUGUGGGAGCUGGAAAAGAAAAAGCUCACUCAGCAAUAUCCUCAUCAAAAAUUGUACAUUCGUUUGAAUGAAAUUAAAGCACAAUCCGUAACAAAAAGAUGUUACUGCCACAAUUGCGAGAGAUUAAUUUUUAGUUCUGAAAAAGAUAAGCAUAUUGAUCAUGAGAUUACAGAGAAUAUAACAGAUUAUCAAUUGCAACAUCCAACAGAACUUUUAAAACCCCUAGAUAAUGCAAAGAAAGAAGCACAAUAUUUAUUUUCUAAGAAAUCUACAGAAGAUAUAACAAAAAUGCUAUUGAAGCUUGGAGCUAAACAGAUUCUUUGUAUUGGAACGCCAAGAAUGCACGAAUAUAUAACUGAACAUUAUAUAGACCAGAUAUCUUCUCUCCUCUUAGACUUUGAUGGAAGAUUUCAUAACUUUUUUGGACCACUGGAGUAUUGUUGGUACAAUCUUUUCAAUCAUCAUUUUUUUAACAAGGAUGCUGCUAAUGUGUUCAAAGAUUUUAUCAUGCAAAAUAAAGGAAAGGACACUUAUUUAAUAUGUGAUCCCCCAUUUGGAGGUCGUGUGGAACCCAUAUCUUAUACGAUAAAAACGAUAUUUGACCUGCAAAAAUUAAAUAACAAUAAUUUUUCUUUGAAAAUUAUGUUUAUAUUUCCAUAUUUUAUGGAAAAUAUAAUAAAAGAAAAAAGCAAUCCACCAUUGGUAGCUGGUGGUUUGAAAGACUUGAUAAUGUCUGAUUAUAAAGUGGAUUAUGAUAAUCAUCCUCUGUUUAUGUCAAAUAAACAAGGUAGAAAAUAUGGUUCCCCAGUAAGAAUUUUUACAAAUAUACCCUUAAAGUUAUUAGAGCUUUCUAUGUUUGAUGGAUACAAAUUUUGCAAAGAUUGCGAAAAAUGGGUGUCCAGUGAAAAUAAGCAUUGCAGGAGAUGCAAAGAAUGUACUUCCAAAGAUGGUCGUACAUAUAAGCACUGUAAAAUAUGUAAGCGAUGUGUAAAACCUACUUGGAGGCAUUGUAAAACAUGUAAAAGAUGUAUGUUAGAGAAACAUACAUGUGGUCAAAUUCCAAAUAUUGUAGGAAAAUGUUUCAAAUGCAAUGAAUUAGGUCAUACUGGAAAAGAAUGUCUCAAUUUACUUUCUAUUGAAAAGAUAGCUAAGACAGAUGUAAGAGAAGAUAAAAGAAUUGAGAAACGCAAAGCAGAAAGUGAACUAAAGAAAUCUUCAAUUAAAAAGCGUAAACUCGAACAUUCAAAAGAAGUUACUAAACAAAAAGUUCUCAUUGGUAGAAAUAAAGUUUUAAAACUAAAACAGAAUAAAAAGAAAUUCAAGAAUCUAAAAAGUGACAAGGACUAAAAGAAACAAUGUGCGUAUUCUUUUUUUUGUAUUUUAUAUAAUAAAUACUCAAUAAUUAUU